AUGUCCGUAUCGCCAUGUCUCCAGCACGUCCGUGACUUCUGGGCGGAGUCCCUGCGCGACAAGGGCCGCGGCGUGCAGGCCGACUACCAGUUCCGCGAGAUGACGAUUGAGGAGGCCACCCCUGGGCGGAUGGUCGCCCGCCUCCCACUCCAGCACUACCACCUGAACGGCCUUGGCUCUGUGCAUGGCGGCAUCAUCAUGACCCUCACGGACAUUGUCAGCUGGGUGGGCCUCCAGACCGAGGGCCUGCCGAUGAUCCCAACCGUCAGCGCCAACAUGAGUGCCGAGUUUGUGCGUCCCGCCGGCGGGGCAGGAGACGUUCUGUGGAUCGUGGCCAACAAGAUCCAGCGAGGCCGGAAACUCGCCUUCUCGCGCAUCGAGUUUUACCUGAACGACCUCGACUCGCGGGUCUGCGCUUAUGGAAACCACACCCAGGUGGUCACCAGAGAGGUUACCCUCACCCACCGGUUCAGCGAGGACGGGCAGAGUCUUAUCCCGGUGGAGAAGACGGCGGCCAAGGCCAAGCUGUAG